UUCAUCACCCUGAGGGAGCGGAUUGUCAGCUACUGCAGUGAAUCGAGUCUAUAUUCAGUUCAGGGGUGAUUUCUUUUUUUCUACUUCUGAAAACUGAGACGACAACCGCCAGGAUGAGCUACAGGGAUUAUAAUUUAGAUUUAUACAGUAUCCAGUACCACGGAACUUCAGUGUUUUCAUCGUGGUAUGUGAUCUUUGGAAUUGUAUUGGCUGUGGUUGUCUUGCUCCUCCUCAUCAUCUGCUGCUGCUGCUGUCCCUGCUGCUGCCUCUACCACAUGUGCCACAAGCCGCGACCUGUGGUUGGCACCACCACCCACACCACAGUGGUGACCUCCACCCCUCAGCAGUACCCCCAGCAGUACCCGGGGGGCCAGUUCCAGCCCAUCCCGAUGCAGCCCGGCUACCCAGCCCAGCCUUCAGCCUACCACGGCCAGCCGUACGGAGCAGGACCUCCACCAACGUACCAGGAAGCCAUCGGUCCUAUGUACCCCUCCCAGCCGGCGCCUUACAGCCAGGCGGCGUUUGGCCCCGGGCAGCCUCCCUACCCCUUACAGCCCGCCGCCAAGCCGCAGGCCAGCGCUCCCCCCGCCGAAACGGACUUCCUGGUUCAGCCUGCCUACAACCCGGACUACGUAGCUCUGCCUCACCAGACCGGAUAGAGGACGGAGGAGCUGCUCUCCGCUUCAGACGUGUUGCCGCAUUUUUCAACUUGGCAAAACUGGAAAUCUGCUUUUGGACUCAAGAUGAGAAAUUCCAGAUUGUCUCGAUCAAUAUUUUUCUUUUUUGCUUUUGUGGUAAAAAAUAAUGUUACUGCAGCAGCAGCACACCUGAAGCCGAGUGGAAACAUGUCGACACCUUCCAGCCUGUAUUGCAUGGACAGAUCAUUUCCACAGACCAGCUGAUGUGGUCUUCUUUCUGUCAUCUGGAGCGUCUUAGUGACUUUAUUUCAGUCAUGAAAAGUGCUCUGUCAUUUCUCAGCCUUCUAAACGCGCCAUGAAGCCAACUUGUAUGCCUUUAAUAUCCUCCUCUCAACCUUCCAGACCUCUUUAUUCACGUAAAGUGACUGAAACUGGCCUCAGUGGUCCAGCCGCCCUUCCAGUCCACCAAGUGCUUCUUUUUAUUUGCUGAUGUUUGAUUGUUUUUUUCCCCUCUAUGCCACUUUGUAAAACAUUGAAGUGUUUUAAGGAGGAUUUGUUUGUUUGUUUAACAUUUAGCCAGGAAAGUCCCGUUGAGAUUAAAAACCUCUCUUUCCUGGGGGUUACAGAGUUAUAAAUUACAAUUACAAGAGGAUUCAUGCUGGAAAAGAA